CAGCUCUCUCUUCCUCACUGAGAGAGUCACUCCAUCAGAGAGUGGCUGUGUGCUGGCAUCCAGGAGGUAGGGGCUGAGGAUGGGGAAAAUCUCGGGGACCCAGAAGACCAUGUCCUGCCUGAAAGCCCGGCCUGAAGGCCCGAAGGACCUGCCCUAACACAGCCCCGGCAGUUGCCUGGUGAUUCCUACUUUGGCCUUUCUCUGCACAGCAGCUUCUCAACAUGAGAAACAGUCUCCACUUGACCUUCCUGUGUCUGAGCCUCUUCACUGGAAGGAUGUGCAGCCAGGGGAAUCGGUUUUCCAUGGAGGUCAGCAGAAGUGACAAGCUCUCCCUGCCUGGCUUUGAGAAUCUCACUGUAGGAUAUAACAAAUUUCUCAGGCCCAAUUUUGGAGGAGAACCAGUUCAGAUAGCCCUGACUCUGGAUAUUGCAAGUAUUUCUAGUAUUUCAGAGAGUAACAUGGACUACACAGCCACCAUCUACCUCCGACAGCGCUGGACGGACCAGCGGCUGGUGUUUGAAGGUAACAAGAGCGUCACUCUGGAUGCCCGCCUCGUGGAGUUCCUCUGGGUGCCGGACACGUACAUUGUGGAGUCCAAGAAGUCCUUCCUCCAUGAAGUCACGGUGGGAAACAGGCUCAUCCGCCUCUUCUCCAACGGCACCGUCCUGUAUGCGCUCAGAAUCACGACGACAGUUGCCUGUAACAUGGACCUGUCUAAAUACCCCAUGGACACACAGACAUGCCAGUUGCAACUGGAAAGCUGGGGUUAUGAUGGAAACGACGUGCAGUUCAGCUGGCUGAGAGGCAACGACUCUGUGCGUGGCCUGGAAAACUUGCGGCUUGCUCAAUAUACCAUCCAGCAGUAUUUCACCUUAGUCACCAGAUCGCAACAGGAAACAGGAAAUUAUACGCGAUUGGUCCUGCAGUUUGAGCUUCGGAGGAAUGUCCUGUAUUUCAUUUUGGAAACCUAUGUUCCUUCUACUUUCUUGGUGGUGUUAUCCUGGGUUUCGUUUUGGAUCUCUCUAGAUUCUGUUCCUGCAAGGACUUGCAUUGGAGUCACCACCGUAUUGUCAAUGACCACACUGAUGAUUGGGUCCCGGACCUCUCUUCCCAACACCAACUGCUUCAUAAAGGCCAUCGACGUGUACCUGGGGAUCUGCUUUAGCUUCGUGUUUGGAGCCUUACUGGAAUACGCGGUUGCCCACUACAGCUCCUUACAGCAGAUGGCAGCCAAAGAUAGGGUAAGAAUUGGGAUGCCGAAGGGCGUGGAAGAAGUCAACAUCACUAACAUCAUCAACAGCUCCAUCUCCAGCUUGAAACGGAAGAUCAGCUUUGCCACCAUUGAAAUUUCUGGGGAUAACGUUGACUACAGCAACUUGACUAUGAAAACCAGUGACAAGUUCAAGUUUGUCUUUCGAGAUAAGAUGGGCAGGAUUGUGGAUUAUUUCACGAUUCAAAACCCCAGAGUCUCAAUAUGGACGGUUGCCACCAACUCUUGCAGCAUCGAGUCCGUUUCUAUCUGCUACUCUUUCCCGGCAGCAGACCCCCUGCAUCCUUCUAAGAGGAGCUUUUAUCUCUAUGCUCUAAUGACCAGGAGUGAUGCUUAUUAGAUAACGAGCUACAUUUCCUAGGAACAAGUGGCUCAGCACUAGUAAGCUUGGCCACGCUCAUGGCCCUGACCUUCCAAGCUGGACUGCUUUGAGUGGCUUCUCCUGCACGAACAGGAGAAUGUUGGCCCUCUGUCCUGAACUUUCUGAGUUAACAGCGGGACUUGAAUCAGAACCUACACUGAGGCUGCAGGUCAACUGUCUUUUCCAAGUCCAGCCACUCUCCCCCUAAAAUAAGAAGCACAAACAUGCCUCUCUCCUCGCUCCUUGACCAAGCUCGGCCAACAGCACUGUAAGAGGUGAUGUGUGAUGGUGCAAUGAUAAAGGUUUCCCGUUCCACCUCAACCACUUAAAGAAACUUGCUGUCUUUAAUUCUUUAGCUUCCUUUUCUAAUAAAUGUAUGUCUUUAAGCUUCCUUCCAGAAAUAAACCAGGGCUUUGUAAGAUCAUCUUUCCUCUAUCACCCCCUGUACCACAUUCUUUUUCCCAUUCUUUUUCCCAUUAUGAUACUUCUCACAAUUCAGUUUCUAUGGGUUUGAUCACCUCCGCCUUCAACAAAAUGUUUCUUAUGGGAAUGGAGGGAUUAAACGAAGUGGAAUGUGGUUGUAUGGUUCAAGUAUAUUUGUGAUUUAAAAAAAUAGGUUUAAAAGAAAAUAUCUCUGAAACCCCCUUCAAGCAUUAUAUAAAGAAAACUGUAAAUCUAUGAAGCUGUGAAAUAAAUAUAGCAUAUUAGCUACCCAC